CCAGUUUGUAGUUUUUUGAAUCCAAAAUAUUAAGUGAAGAAAAGCCUGCACACUCUGCUCUCCAUCCGCCAAUCUUCCACGGGACACGACCCCUGUCCACCGAAUAUUUCAGCGCCCCAAGUUGCUCAGAAACGAAGAUAAGUAUCAAAAUAGGGGAGCCACGGAGAAAAGCGUGUAUGUACUUCCAAUGUUUUCUGUUAAAUUUUGGCUCGACUGUGGUAUUCAUCCUGGUUUGUCCGGCAUGGAUGCCUUACCGUAUGUGGAUUUGAUAGAAGCGGACGAAGUUGACUUAUUAUUUAUAUCUCAUUUUCACCUUGAUCAUUGCGGUGCGCUGCCUUGGUUUUUGAUGAAAACCAGUUUCCGUGGACGAUGUUUUAUGACACAUGCUACAAAAGCGAUUUACCGAUGGAUGUUAUCUGAUUACAUAAAGAUAAGCAAUAUCUCUACGGAACAAAUGCUUUACACUGAGGCCGAUUUGGAAGCUUCUAUGGAAAAAAUAGAGACAAUAAACUUUCAUGAGGAAAGAGAUGUAAUGGGAGUGCGUUUUUGUGCGUACAAUGCUGGCCACGUGUUGGGCGCAGCUAUGUUUAUGAUAGAAAUAGCAGGUGUAAAGAUCCUUUACACAGGCGAUUUCUCGCGCCAAGAAGAUCGCCAUUUAAUGGCAGCGGAAAUACCAACUAUGAAGCCUGACGUUUUGAUAACGGAAUCUACGUACGGUACGCACGUACACGAAAAACGUGAAGAUAGGGAAAAUCGAUUCACUUCUUUGGUGCAAAAAAUUGUGACUCAAGGUGGACGCUGCUUAAUUCCAGUAUUUGCAUUGGGAAGAGCUCAAGAACUUUUGUUAAUCUUAGACGAGUACUGGUCUCAAAAUCCUGAACUCCAUGACAUACCAAUUUAUUAUGCUUCUUCCUUGGCUAAAAAAUGUAUGGCUGUUUAUCAAACAUAUAUCAAUGCCAUGAACGAUAAAAUUCGGCGUCAAAUUGCUGUAAACAAUCCUUUUGUAUUUCGCCAUAUAUCAAAUUUGAAAGGUAUUGAUCACUUUGAUGAUAUUGGUCCAUGCGUUGUAAUGGCAUCUCCUGGUAUGAUGCAAAGUGGAUUAUCAAGAGAAUUGUUUGAAAAUUGGUGCACUGACGCCAAAAACGGAGUUAUAAUUGCAGGGUAUUGCGUGGAAGGAACUCUAGCAAAGACUAUACUUUCCGAGCCGGAGGAGAUAACAACAAUCUCCGGGCAAAAGCUGCCACUUAAUAUGUCUGUUGACUAUAUAUCAUUUUCAGCGCAUACUGACUACCAACAAACAAGUGAAUUCAUUCGUCUUUUGAAACCCCAGCAUGUGGUUCUUGUACACGGAGAACAAAAUGAAAUGUCUCGUCUUAAAAUGGCACUGCAGCGGGAAUAUGAAGCUGAUCCAAAUAAUGAUAUUAAAUUUUACAACCCUCGUAAUACUCAUUCUGUUGAGUUGUAUUUUCGUGGAGAAAAGACAGCAAAAGUUAUGGGUGUAUUGGCAGCAUCAAAACCAGAAGUUGGCAAAUUACUUUCUGGCGUUUUAGUAAAACGCGACUUCAAGUACCAUUUAUUAUCGGCAUCAGACUUAUCAAAAUAUACGGAUAUGAGCAUGUCUGUUGUGACACAACGUCAAUCAAUUCCAUGGAGCAGCUCUCUUUAUACUUUGCAGCUGCUUUUAGAUCGCAUUGGUGGUGCCGGAACUGUUGAAAUUUUUGAGGAAGGUAAACGUAUUCGCGCCUUCAAUUGCAUAGAGCUUACUGUGGAUGCUAAAAUCAUUGUCAUGGAAUGGCAAGCAACACCAGUGAAUGAUAUGUUUGCGGAUUCAGUCCUAGCUUGUGUUAUGCAGACAGAGAUGGGAGGUACAAAUAUUAAGGGUACAACAAGUCAAAGCAAAACAGAUCGGACGCAUUUUAAAGAAUGUUUGUUAGAAACUCUCCAGGACAUGUUUGGUGAAAGCUGUGUACCGAAGAUGUUUAAAGGUGAUAUAUUACCGGUGAAUGUCUCUGAUAAGCAUGUAGAAGUUAAUUUAGAAACCAUGGCUGUCACUACAACAGAUGAUGAAAAUUUACGUCAAAUGGUUACCACGACGGUUCAAAAACUAUACCAAGCACUUGUAUCAGCUUCAUAAUUAUAACAUAAUAUGAAAUGAUACAAUCUGUAAAUGGAGGCCGAAUUAUUUUCCGUUAUAAAAAGUACAUGAUAUGUUAAAAGCUUCCGAUUUAAACCCUAUAGAAAAUAAACUGUAUUGUAUAGUUAUACAAUAAUAAAGAGGACAAGAGAUGAAGUGCAA